UCUGAAUCAGUUGCUCAACGGAUUCCGAAAAGUAAAGUUCUCAAAAAACAAAAUAUGAACACUAAAAUAUCAGUUGUGUUGCUUCUGCUGGUCGGUUGCUCUCUUCAGCGGGUUUACUCAGAGGAUACGACUCCGGCUCCGACUCCGACUACGAAACCGACAGGAGAUACCACGGUUUCGGAUGCUCCGACAACGGUUACUCCGCCAUUUUCCACAUGUCCCGCAUUCGCCGGAAAACCUGUCGAUCUGAAAGCUAUCUCUGGUGAUUGGUAUGAAGCUGGACGUGCCCCCGAUGUGGAUGUCAGCCAGUGCCUGAAAUAUACUCUUCCCUCCACCCCCAAUGCUAACAGUAAACUCGAAGUGCAGCUGGAGUUCGUGAACACCGCCGACAAUAAAUGGGAUCACAUGAAAGAGACUGGUCUGCUGCCUUGGGAUGCCAACGCCCAGAAUGGCAUCUUCAAUUGGAACGCUGGCGAGACCGUUCAGAUACCUGUCACUUUGAAAUUGGUGGACACCGAUGCCAAAUCAUAUGCCUUUGUCUGUGGCUACACAGGAGUCGCGCCCACGCCAAUCUUCAAGGUUCUGACUCGCAAGCGUGAACUCAGCACGGAGGACAAGAAUAAAGUCCAGGAGCAAUUCAAUACUUUUGUACCAGUUACAAAAUUGAUCUGGGUUGAGCAGUCAGAGGCAAAAUGCAACUCUGCAAUGCGAUCAGCUGGUGGAUUCAUUGUGGCUCUAGCUUUGGUUCUGCUUAUCCGCCAAAGAAACCACUAAAAUAGGAAUGGAUGUUUUUUAAUAAAGGAGUUUUGAGUUUAAAUGAAAUUAUAAAUAAAUUAUUAAAUUAGUUCAAGAAGCAA